CCCCCCUUUCCAAUUCCAGCGUACAACCAAACGCGCCCUAUUCACAAAUUUUCAAAUUUAUUCCCUUUCCGAUCCCUUCUUCCUCCUCCACCACCGCCGGAUCAUUUCUUCUCCGACUCCAGUUGCCCUAGAAAAAUCCCAACCCUAAUCUUCCAGUUUUAUUUAUUUUUCUGAGGAAAUCGUAUCUUGAUGAUGCAAUGGGCGAGUCAAAACCGAGCGCGCAAGGAAACGACGACGUAGUUGAUGAAGGGUUCCGCGACGCAUCCGAUGAAUUUCCGUUCUACGAUUGCGGCGAAUCCUUUAGUGAAAAGUUUGAACCUGAUGAUGAUCUUGAGGUAUCUUCGAUUAUAACCCGUUCGUCUCAGGAUCCAAAGCCCUCGCUUGAGAAAUUAGCUACCGCCAAUCUUCGACGCCGCCGGUACGCCUCCCGGAACGACUCCCAGAGCUCGAGUUCUUCGGUGAGUUUGGGGAGGAAUUAUGAUAACCAUAGAGAGGAUGUUGUUGGACAUUCUGACGAAUUCAAUGGAGUCGAGUCGGAAAGCGCAAGCUCUACGUUGAGUUCCGGUAAAUUAGAUGAAAGUAAGCUCGAUUUGAGCUUGGGAAAGGAUCAAAAUAGUGAAAGAAAGGUUUUCGACGAGGAAAUGAGAAGGUCUUCGCGAAUUUUAGAUAAGCUAGAUGGAGCUAAGCUUGAUACGAGCUCGGAAAUUGUUGAAAAGGACGCUGUUGAUGCGGAUAAUAAAGAGUUCUCUGCGGUUCCAUGUUUGGACAAUGAAAACAGAAACGAGUUUUCAGAAGGUAAUCAAAAUUUUAGAGAAACCCGGGAUACGGAUUCAAGUGUUUUGUUUGUAUUAGCUGGUUUAGUCAUAAAGGCUAUCGGUUUUCAGUUUAAUUUAUUCAUUAACUUCGUAUCAUUCCCAAUAUGGGUGAUUUACAGUUCCUACAUGUUUUUAGUGGAUCCAUUUCGGGUCACAAAACGAGUUAGAGAAUAUUUGUUUGGGAAAGUGUUGGGAAUGUCUGGAAAUUUGUCAGCAGUUGUUUAUGAAUGGUUCAAAGAGCAUCAGUCAUGGUUAAAGUUGGGCUUGAAGUUUGGUUGGGGAUUUUUGUGGUCACUGUACGUUUGUGUUAUUUUGGUUGGAUUAUUGGUGUCAGCUUUUAUAGUGGGUGGUGUCUUGAUCAAUAUUGUCAUGGAGAAGCCUAUAAAAAUAAGGGAGAAUCUGAAUUUCGAUUAUACAGAAAAGAGUCCAACUGCGUUAGUACCAAUAAUAAGGUGUCGUAACCAGGAGUUUGGUGCGGAUUGUAAUGCAAACGUGGAUGUUAUGGAGAGUGAUGCAAUGAGGGUCAUUCCGCUUAAUCAUAAGUUGCAGGUUACAGUUGCAUUGAAGCUGCCAGAAUCCGAUUACAACAGGAAUCUUGGGAUCUUUCAGGUCAGAGUAGAUUUCCUUGCUCCUGAUGGCAAGACACUUGCUAGCUCAAGACGUCCCUGCAUGCUGCAAUUUAGAAGUGAGCCGAUUCGGCUUCUGCUAACUUUCCUUAAAGUUGCUCCACUUAUUACUGGUUACACAUCGGAGUCUCAAGACCUGAACAUUAAGUUUCGGGGUUUUGUGGAAGGUGUGAAACCAACUGCCUGCUUGAGGGUGGUUCUUGAACAGAGAGCUGAAUUUGCUCCCGGUGCAGGUAUUCCUGAAAUAUAUGCUGCAUCGUUAACAUUGGAAACAGAACAACCUCUAGUGAAGAGAAUUUUAUGGUAUUGGAGGAGAACAUUGUACAUAUGGGUUAGCAUGACUGUGUUGGUGGUAGAGCUGCUUUUUACCCUUCUCUGCUGCAAACCUAUAAUCAUCCCGAGAGUAAGCCUUGGGGCUCGCUCUGCCAAUGGUAACACCCGGUGAAACAAUGUUCCACGUCCUGAAUGCAAUUCAGGGGAUGAUCUUUGGCUAGGAUUGUGUGCUGUGAUUGAUUUUCUCAGUUUGUUGUAAAAAUGACUUCAGGCUUAUCUGAUGAUCAUUUGAAGGAAUUGUUCAAAUGAUACAUUCGUACAUGAAAUAGGGUUCUAACUUCUACUACAACAGAGGCGAAGAACCAGAUUGGCAUAAGCCAGCCGCGAAAAACUGUUAAAAUUCUGGUGAAUCGCGCACGAUGACUAGAAACAGAAAACUUUUCAUUUACUUAAAAGUCAUGCAAUUAUCAGGUAUAGAAUGAAUUAAAAUCCGAGGGGAUAACAACAUUAGUUCCUUUGACUACAAUUACUACAUCAUGGCGAGGUCAACUGUUAGAACAUUAAAGAGUUCUUUCUAUUUCUCUCUUAUUUUUCUUUGUUUUCUUUUUCCCUUUCACCCCAACAGAAAAAGAAGAAAACUUGCCUGGAAUUCAACAAUAUGUACAUUCAAAAAGGAAAAUAGAACAAAACUAAUUAGUCAUAUGAAGAGCAUAAAUGCUUCAUUCAUUGUGAAUCUCAUACAUCAACACUAGUCACCCAAAAAUUAUUGAUGAAGAGGAACUCUGGAGUACAAAUGAUCACGAAUCAGCACCCAAACAUCAGAGAAGAAGGAACAGAGAUGGGCCAAAUUGGAAGCAUUUGAAAGAAACCCGUCGCUCCUCCAGUAUUAAAUUCACAAGACCAAUCACUGAGUGAUUCCAUCCUCCUGGUUUUCAUAUUGUAUGACACCAGACGCUUGCGCAUCACACAAAACAGAAACAAAACAUCUGGAUCAUAUGGAUGGAAGGAUAUAAAUAACAUUCUACUUUGGAGAAGUACUGCAUGGCAAGAAUCAUCAACAUCUCCAGUCCUGAGUGCAUGUUGGAGCCGCCAUUGAUAGGUAUCUGUGAGUUCCCAUAUUUUCAAGGCAUAAGACCGCAGAUUGAUAUCAAAACUCAAUGCGAAAUACUUGAGCCGCCCCUGAUGAACAUCUGUUUCGGAAGAUAUCCUGAACCCCAUAUCAUCCAUAUCAAUUGGACAAUCAAUCAAACGAAAUCUAUUAGGAUUAUCAGGGCUAGCGUAAGGAUCAUAAGCUAAUAUGCCACCCCUCUCACCCACCCUAACCAUCCAACAAACCGUAUUGUUCACAACCACAGGUCUCUGGCAAUGGGGGAAUCCAAAUGAACCUUCUUCACAAGGCACUUUGAAAUUCUCCCAUCUCCCUGUUUCUGAAGAAAACAUCUGCACAUCAAGUUCGACCAAGCAUCCACAACGAACUACGACGACUUUAUAACCCGUCAAAACUCCGGAUUCAAUUUGUGUAACGAAACCCACAUUGAAUUCGGUGGUGAAAAACCGAUGCGAGGGAAGGGUGAACCAUUGCUUGGUUACAGCAUUGCAGAUAUAAAAUUCUACAUUGUACUUGGCGAAAAAACGCUCCUCCCUCUCCAGCAAAAGAAACCCUUUGUCUGCUGCUCGGAUACUGAAGGUCCCAUCAACUGAUCUUUCUCUUAGACUUGGUAAAGUAAGCUUCCGAAUCUGAGGAAUAUUCUCUGUUUCGAGCCUUUCGGGCCGGGUUAGGUACGGUUUAGGAUCUUCCUCGUCGACCAAUUGAACUUUUGAGUGAAAAAACACCAAGGGGCAACGUAGACCCGAGGCCCGUCGGGAGAGGAACAAAUUGCGAAAGGAAGGAUCGGAGAUGCACAAAUUCCAUUGCUUUGAAACACAAUUGAAUCGGAACACAUCCUUGACGGAAAGCCUGCAUAGCAAUUCGGACAGCAACCACACGGGUAUGUAAUCGAUCUGUUUCCCAUCGCCGUGCGUUUCGGUUCCGGCCGGCUCUAUGAUGGAUCUCGUCAUCCUCUUUCGAAGACGGUGAUCGUCGUCAUCGACAUCAUCCCUUCUUGCAGCUUUCAUCUGUAAAUACAACAGAGGCAGAAGUGAUCAACUGAAUUGAACUAAGUAUAUAUUUCUGGGAAAAGGGAAUUUUUUUGAACUAAUUAAGCAUGAACCCUAGCUAGCCGAUUAGGGGCUUUUGUUUUGGUUUUGCUAUUUCCCUUCUCUUUUGUUUGGUUUUGAGAAUUGUCAAUCUUCUGGGAAAAUAUUUCUUUCUUUAAAAGGUUUUCGCCUAUGCCUUUGAAAGAGCAAUUGAUGAAUUUCCGUAUUUAAUUACUAUAAUAAUUUACUCAUAAG